UGGUACUAAAAAAUCUAGAAAACAAAGGGUAUCCCCUUUCUUCGUAGCUUUUCUCCAUUAUUUAGUUUUAGUUUUAAUUAUCAAUUUUCAAUGUGAAUCAAUGUGAAGUGACGGUAAAUUGAUGCAUAAUUAUUUAAUCAAGUGUCAAUGAUAACCAUUUAUCUCAAUAUGGCUCCUUACCUUAGCCCUUUAGCCCCAGGAAUGAAUUGUUUCUGUCGAUUGUGUGAAUGUGUGUACGUGUAAAGACAAUAGUGUUUUCUCUUUGACACUAAUAACAAUAAUCAUUCCUUUCGUUAAUGUUACGUAUAUACAUUUUUAGGUUGUUUUUUUGUCUUACCUCCGAUUCGAAUUCGACGACAUAAUUUGCAAUCGUCAGAAUAGUCUUACAAGUUUUUAACGAUCGUGUAAUUGUUGUGCGGAUUGAAAUGGACGAAAAAUGAUGUUGUAUUUUAGUACGUAUUUCUUACGAGUUUUCUUCAAUCGACAGUUUUUUUUGCAUUUUAUUAUCGCGUGAAAUUGAAAUUGCUAAUCUCGAUGUCAAUGCCUCCAGUGAUACAAGGUAUUUCUGCACGUGCUGAUGUCGAACGUGAAGAACACCUACACCUACACCCGAUCGGUUGAAUUGAAAACGGCGACAGCAAAACAGGCGUACUCGGGUUUCAAAAGCGAUUCGCCAACUCAAUGAACGAGUCGUGAUUAUGAAAGCGGGCAAUUAUUCGAUGAAAGCAGUCGCGGAUCUAAGUUCGAAAUCUGGUUAUGAACGAGAACGUUUGAGAGAACGCGAAAGAGAGGCUCGAGCUCAGAUGACCUAUGAAGCAGAUCAACGUGCAUCUCAAGAUAUGAUGAAUUCGGCGCCUCUAUUCGGCGAAAUUGUUCGCGUGAAUCCAAAAUCCAACGACAAAGAAAGACAACAAAUCGAACGUAAAUUAGGUCGAUUCGAAGAUGUCAAACACCUGUUAGCAGAUCAAGACGUGACAAAUCUUUUCGGCGUCGAUGGACAGCCUCCACCCAGUCCGGCGCCCAGCAUUUCUUCGAGCAGCUCGUCGUCGAUCGUCGGUCACGAAUUUAAAAAACCCAACGCCUGCCUUCAGACUCAUCAGACGAAAUCUUCGCAUCAUCACCAUCACCAUCAUCAUCAUCAUUCCAGCAGCAGCGCUCAAAGAAACUCUUUCGCCAAGCCCAGCGUCGAGGCCAAAAUGUCGUACACGAAUCGUGGCAAUUUUUACCCCGGUGGUUCGUCAGCGUCAGCUAAACACGGCAACGUUACGUCUAUCAACAACGUAUCUUCGACGUUUUCGACCAAAAAUGGCGGCUCAAACAUAGCCCCAAAUUUGUCACUAAGUGGCGGCAACAGUAAUUCGCUCUCCGCGACCAAUUAUCAUUACGGCGGUGCCGCAUCCGGUAAGAAUUCGUCGUCUAUGAGUCACGAUUACGCAAGCAGAAUUCAGCACUCGAUGGCGAAGAAUUUGCCUAAGCUCAACUGCGAGGUACGAGAUUCUUUGCGAGGUUUGGAUUCUAACGACGAUCAUGCAUCCAUUUCCCAAACCAAUGUGGAAAAUAUUUUGGACGAAAUGACUUCCGGAGUUAGAACACCGCUGACCGCAAUCGCAGCUACACCGCGUAAAGAAGUGGAAUCCAAAUUCACUUUUAAUCCGAUUUCUGGAAAGGUCGAGUCUUUACUGCCGUUACCGAGAACAUCGAUCGAUAAGGGUAGCAAAACGAGUACCGCGAAUAAUGCAUUAGGACCUACAGUCGGGCGCAGCUCUUUCAUGCCUUCUUCUUCGGCUUUUCGAAACGACCAAGUUACAAAUGUGUUGCAGCCGUAUUGUUUGACGAGUCCCGUAUUACCUUCUGCGGGCGGUAGUAACGCUGUUGCCAGGAAUGGCGGUUACGCUUAUCCGGCAUCCACCGCCUUAGUCGCUUCGUCAUCUGCCAACAAAGAACGAAUGGAUUCGAGCGUCGUGUUGCCGAAUUUGAAAUCGGAUCUCAGUUUGUCCGAGGAUACGGACGAUGGCGAUGGCGCAGAAAAUGACAACGACGAGGACGACAACGAUUGCGACGACGAAGAUGACGACGACGAUGAAGACGAUGACGACGAUGAAGAUGACGAAGAUGAACGGCGAAUUCGAGGACGACGCCAGCAUUCAAAGAGCGCUAGUGCGACGGACGAAAAAGACUGUAACAAGUACAAGAUAGCGGCAGCAGCAGCAGUGGCUGGUGGUUCGGCUUUCACUACUAAAAAAGAGCCUAUGUCGACGCCUCCUAAAAUGGAUGAUAUGCGGAAAGACGAAGCUGGUGCGGCGAGCGAGAUGAGAAAUUCGUCCUCCAGCGACGACAGCGACUCCGAUUCUGGUUCAGAGAGCGAAGACUCGAGCAGCGAUUCGCCUUCACCUCCGUCGUUACCAUUACCGGUGGUUACCGAACAGGAGGAAAGCAAACAUCGUUGGAAUUUGAAAAAUUUCUUGCCUCCGUCGGCGCACGGUAAUUCCGCGCCAACCUCCGCUCAUAAUUCGCAGCAGACCAAUCAUCGCGAGAAUUGCGAAAAAUCGAAAACGGACGAUUCGGACAGUUCGACUGGUAGCCGGAGAGUAAAAUCUAGACAAAGUUCGUGCAGUUCGUCGGAUUCGGAUGAUAAUAGCGCCAGGUCGCGCGCUUCGUCGCGUAAGCCGGCCACCGACAAAGCUAAAGCGAGUUCCAACGUCGGCUUCGUCAAGAAUAGCGGCGCUAGCACGUCCUCGAUGACCGGUUCCGUUGAUGACGGCGGUGGUGGCAGCGGUCGACGAAAGUACAGACUUCGGUCAUCUUCGUAUUCGCAGUCCUCGGACGACGAUUCGGAUCGAGCUUUGCCUUACGUCGCUUCGAAUUCUGUUCGCAACAAGGGUAUUCCCGUCGCUAGCAGCAGCAGCAACGUCUCUACCGCAAUAUCCGGCGGUAGCGGCGGCAAUGUGGCGGUGGCGGCUUCGUCAGUCGCCGGAUCUUUGAAUUGCGCCAAUAGUUUCGCGACCAACGGCAGCAGCAACGCUGCCGGUAAUGCCGGUUGCGGAAACGUAACGGUGGUUGGUGUGGUAAGGCCGCAUCAAAGAAAACCACCGUCGCCGCAGAUCUUCCAUCACAACGGUAGAAAUCACAACACGAGCGGACUGCGUGAUCUAUCUCCCGCCACCAACGGCGAACGCUUCGCCGCGUUCGUGCCGCAGCGAUCGCUGCAUUCGAGUAGCGCUACCGGUAACGCGGCGCCCGAACCGCAGUGCGAUCUAUCGGCCAGCCAUUCGGAAAACAGCAUGGUCUUGAAAAACGCCGUCAACAGAUCUCUAAUCAACGACCAUUAUCAGCAGGCUCGCAAUAGCAAUCACGCUAACAGCAUUACCAAAGUCGUCAACAGCCCCAAACUGUCCGGCAAAGCGAGUCUCACUGCCGUCAAUAGUAACGUCGACAGCGCCAAAACAGGCGCCCUCGCUUCCAACGACAAGUCGAGCUUGCCGACGUCGAAUAAAACCUCCAAGGUCGGCCGCAAAUCUAAAUCUCCAGCGUUAGCAGCUUCCAACGAAUCUCCGAUCAAGAAAAAGAAAGGACGUAAAAGUAAGGUCAAAGUGCCAGCAGAUGGAACCGACAGCGACGAGGAUACGCCCAAAACUAAACCGGUUCCGGAGAAGAGGAGGCCUGGUCGACCGCCUUCGAAGCGUAACGAUAACGCAGCCGAAGAUGCGGACUGGAAUUCGAGUUCGAGGCGUAAAAUGGCGGAUAAAUUUCCCAGCACGGCGGCGAACGUUUGGUGUGAUCGCGAAAGACGUCGGAGUAGUAUACGAAGCAGUUUUACCACCGUAGAUUCGGACAGCGAAAUAGAAUUUCCAACGGCGACGGUAAAACCUACGGCUCGCGUAAUGCCGGCUGUCAAGCGGAAGGAAGGCGGCGGCAGCGUACGCAUCAAUCGUGACUCCAGUUGCGAGUCGAUGAGAAACGCCAACGAUUUCAACGCUGUAUCAGAUGGCAUCAAGGGUGCCAGCGUCGGCGUGGCUAAAGCGCAAGAAAGUCCUCCCAAGCUGGACGUCGAAUGUAUAGCUGUUCAAGAUAAAAAGAAGAGCGACACGUUGAGAAAGUUAUUUUCGCGACGCGAAGAAGGCGGUGGCAAAAGUGGCGGCAAGGGCAAAGGGGGUAAAGGAAAGUGCGGCGUCAUCGUGAUGGAAUCCGAAGUUGAGCGCAAACUGUUGCAACGGUCGUCGGUGGUUAGUCCUACUUCGAUGGCCUCGCCACCACCACCGUCGCCGCCACCACCGCAGCAGUCGUCGUCGUCUUCUUCUUCGUUGAAUUUACCAAAAAUGCAAGAUCACAUUCCGGACAUGGCGUCUUCGCCUAAUUUAGCGCCAAACGACGGCGGCGUAGGUGGAAGCGGAAACGGUGUUGACAGCAGGUAUUCGGAAAUGUCGUGUAUUCCGUCUUCGGCGAUGGAUAGCGGCUGCUCGUCUACCAAAAUUGUCAACAACAACGUCGGCAAUACUAAUAUUGGUAGUAGCAGCAGCAGCAGCAGUAAUCAUCACUACCACCAUCAUCACCAUCACCAUCAUCAUCAUCCAAAUAGCGGCAGCGGCAGCGGCGGCGGUGGCAACAACAGCAAUGAAACCGGCGUCGAACGUAUCCCCAAAUUAACAUUCAACGAGGCUGGCAAGCCUUCGUUAAUAUGUAAAAUCGACCUGAGCAAGAUACCUUAUAUUUUAGCGAAGAAACGAUCGGAAGAAAUUCGGAUUAAAUCCGAACUACCCGACACCAGGCAAUCUUCGACAAACGCUACGCUAGACAGCGGCACUAGUGCGGCGGGUACGUCUGUCAUGGAUAUGGGUAAUGUGCCUUUGAUCGAAUCGAUUACGGAUCGCCGUCGUAAUAGCGAUUAUGUCGCUUCGAUGACUGCAGCAGCAACGUCUACCGUCACGCCUACAUGUGUCAUGAAUACGGAUACGGCGCCGUCGGUGGCGGACAUGCAACAAAAUGACCCGCAUCGCGAGCGUAAUAAACAACAUACGAGGGUAGCGUCGCCGGUGUCGUCGUCGCAUUCGCGUAAAAAGCAUUCGUCCAAGAAAGCGAAAAGCACCAAACGUAAACGUUACGAGAAUGAGCAGGAAGCGGUGACGGUUUCGUCAUCGCCGCCGCCACUGCCGCCGACUGGUCAAGUUGCCGAAGAAGAUGACGCGGUUUCGAUAUUCGCGACCACCACGUCCACCGUUCAUACGCCUUCGGUGGACACGACUGAUAUGGAUUCUUCGUUAUCGAGCGAUUCGGAAGCCAAAAAGCAUUCCGCUGCCGCUGUCGGCGCCAACCUCGCGCGUUCCACCAAUAAAAAUAAGAAAAUGUCUACCGCAUCCGCGCCUCCCGAUUCCGCCGUGCAUAACAAUCUAUUGGCAUCGUGCUAUCCUAUCAAUUUGAGCGACGUUCAACACACGAAUGUGAACGCUGCGGUUGAUGCGCCGAGUUCGGGAGACGACGAAUCGUGGAAUAGCUCGGAUAGCAGCAGUUGCAGUAACUGCUCGGCGUCGUCGGCCUCUUGUCACGAUGCCGGUGGCAGUACCAGUGAAAAAUUCUCCACCAAAAUGGGCAAACGCUCUUCUCAAUAUCGCGGCGGCGGUUGCGGCAAGAAGAAAAAGAAAAAGCUGCGAAACGAACAUUCGCAACGUCACUCCGCUUCGGUGGAAAGUGGCAGUGCUGGCGGCGGUGGCGGCGCGGGCGCGAUGAAUUUGAUGCACUUACCAAACAGCGGUAGCGGUCACGAAAGAAACGCCAUUAACGAGCCGACGCCCACGUUCAACGGCUAUCACCAAGUGGCCAUUAACGAUUUAGUUCGACCUAACGUGCUUACGCAUCACGGUAUCUAUUAUUCUUACCUGGAACAUAAAGCCUCCGAAGAAAUUAAUUCCGAAUCGGACAACGUGAGCCCUAAUUUAUAUCUGAUGGAAGCCAAACGUCUGAAACAUGCGGCCGAUACGGAAAGAGAUCUGGUUGCGCAAGGAAUGCAGUAUUUGGAAGCGAUUCUGUCGUUCGUGCUGACUGGGCACGUGUUGGAACGUAAAAAUCAAAUGGACACCGCCUUCAAUAUGUACAGCGAAACUUUGAAACUGAUUGUGUAUAUUUCGAAGAAAUUUCGUACUUUAUGCGCUAACGUUACCCCGUCCAGCAUACCGAAUAAGAUUGCCAUAUUAAGCUUACGAUGCGAAUCCAUUUUGAAUUUAAAGUUGUACACGAUGCGGGAAAACGAGGUUAAAGACGUACACAACGCAGUCGCCGAGUAUUUCAACAAGUCGGUCGCGGUCGAAGCGUGUUUGAUUUCGAAUCCGGCUGGCAUUCCGAGUCCGCAUUCGCCAACCCCUUCGCCAGCCAGUUCAGUCGGAAGUAAUUCGUCCGGCUACAGUACCGGCGAUCGCAGAUCGGCCGGGGUAUCCCAGUGCAUCGCCGUUCCAGUCAAUCUUCACAUCGCCCUGCAGAAGCAGCAUAACUUCUACUCGAAUUUAAUCGCGUCUUUCAGCUACUGGGAAGAAGCGGAUAAACUCAUAUUUUCUGGUGGAAAUAAAGAUUUCUUCAUCGAAUUGGACAGAUUUUGCGGACCGCUUACCUUACACAGUUCUUUAAAAGAUCUCGUGCAUUACGUACGUGUCGGUAUUCAGAGACUGAAAGCCAUCAUAAGUCACAAUCACGGCGUAUGAAAUCCGAUGCAACUUUCGCUCGAAAUGAAAUCGUCGUUGCCUUCGUUCGAACAGUUUUUUUUUGUCGCAUGUACCUUAUAAAUACCUAGCUGUGGCGCCUGGCGCGGCGUACCGAGUAAGUACGUCUCCUUUCGUCCUCGCCAACCAAGUUGUCAAUCCUUUUUCUCGAUACGAUAUGAUACCAUAUUACAUUUGUGUAUCGUCUAUCUUUCUUCGCCUAAAUGUAGGUGUUUUGAGAUUAUUACGACUAACGUACUACGAGUAUUAUUGUGCAAAUUUAUAUUUAUAGGUAAUUAGGUGUAAUAAUGUAAAUACCGCCAGCAAAAUCGUACAGGCCAACAUCAUUCUGCAAGUAUUUACGUAUGUAAUCGUAAAACUAAACUCCCGUUCGCGAUUCGCGUGUUACAAAAAUCACGUACGUAUAAAUCAGCCAAAUCUCGAGUAAAGCCAUAGGUUAUCCUCGCCACUCACUCCUCUUUGCUCACUGUAAAUAUCAUCGAGCCAGCGCCAGCCAAGCUAACUCAACGAAGCGCGAGUGCUUUUUUAACCUCAAAUUAAAGUGCCUUAUUUCCCAGUCCGUCGUGCGUUGCCUUUCAUGCGAUGCGCGAAAUUGACCCUCGGCGCCGAUUAGUUGCCCAAUUUUAACGAGACAUCGCUGCACACUGUAGCCUACCGUUGCACCGUGCCACAUCAACAAAAAGCUCGUUUAUUUGCAAUUUUUUCCCCCCUAUUUUUUAUACUCUUACGAGAUACCGGUAAACUAAAAAUUACUGCGACUGUUCGUUGUACCCGAAUUCGAACCGGCUGGUUUAACAAGAUAUUAUUACUAUAUAUAUCGUUGUUAUUAUUAUUACAUAUUAUUUGUAGUAUUAGUAUUAUUAAUUAUUAUUAUUAUUAUUAGUAUUGUUGUUGUUGUUAUUAUUGUUGUCAUUAUUAUUGCCGUGUAUUUGUUGGGAUGCGAUUUCGUUUAAUUUGUUCGUGCCGGGAUCAGACAGACUACCGUAAUAGAAGACAUUAACGCGAGUAGUAUAUCGGCUGUUGUACCUUCGUUUCCACCCACAUUUUUUACAAGUUUAUUCCGACUCUGCUCUUCUUCUCGCCCCCAUUUUUUAAAAAGAAAAUUCGCCGCAAAUAAAAUACUAACUAGGUAGGCAUAUAUAUCCUUGAAAAAGGAAAUCGAGACUUCGUUGUUCAAAUUCGUGUAUCAUAUAUUGUAAUCUAGGUAUUGGUAUAACGCGCGCGAGUAUACGAUGUAUACAUUUAGUUACCAUGUUGAAUAAAUCCUUCUUUUUUUUUUUUUUUUUAAUUUAAUCGACGUAUACGGUACGCGCGUUAUCUUUCUUUGUUUUUUUUUUGUUCGGUGACUCGUGGUUUCUUCCUUUCUCUCGAAAUGGUAUUAGUUUAUUACCUCCGUAUGUUUUGCCGUAGGCUACGUAACUACCCUACCCGUGACAAUUUCAUACCCGCGGUUUGCAUAAUGUGUACUAAGUAUAGAGACCUAUCUACAAUGUGUAGCUGUGUACAUAUACAUACUUUAUAGAAAUGGAGACGAAAUAUUAUUGUGAAAUACCAGUUACGUCGUGUAACCCAUGUAUCAUGUUAUUCGUCGUGAGAAAAUGUACGACGACGACGUCGUCGUUGUGAAUUUAUACUAUUUAUUUUCUCUUUCGUUUAUUUAUUAUUUAUUAGUUGAAAAAUGUUAUUUUUAAUUUUUAUUUUGUAUAAACUAUAUCUCGUGAUCAUCAA